AAAUCAUAGUCAUAAUAUAAAUCUACAAAUAGUCCACGUCAACUAUACACAGUAAUUCAAAAUAAUUUAAAAAACUUUGAAAUUAAAUAAUACGCAGUGAUUUUGUAUUAAAAUAAUUCGUAGAAAAGUUAAAGUUCUUGUAUGGGCAUUUAUCGGGUAUUGUUAAUGUAACCUCAAUUUCGCGAACUUUUAUUUUAAGUGUGUAAUUAAAAAGCAAUGUUAACAAAAUUUGAAACAAAGUCUGCUCGAGUUAAAGGGCUUUCGUUUCAUCCAAAACGUCCAUGGAUAUUGGCAAGUUUGCAUAAUGGGACUAUUCAAUUAUGGGAUUACCGUAUGUGCACAUUGCUAGAAAAAUUUGAUGAACAUGAUGGACCUGUCAGGGGAAUUUGCUUUCACAACCAGCAACCUCUUUUCGUUUCUGGUGGUGAUGAUUACAAAAUUAAGGUAUGGAAUUAUAAGCAGAAGCGUUGUAUCUUUACAUUACUUGGUCAUUUGGAUUAUAUAAGAACAACAAUGUUCCAUCAUGAAUAUCCGUGGAUUGUGUCUGCAUCUGAUGACCAAACAAUCCGUAUUUGGAAUUGGCAAAGUCGAACCUGUAUCUGUGUACUAACUGGGCAUAACCACUAUGUCAUGUGUGCAAUGUUCCAUCCAAAUGAGGAUUUACUUGUUUCUGCUUCUCUUGACCAAACUGUUCGUGUUUGGGAUAUAUCAGGCCUACGUAAGAAGAAUGUUGCUCCUGGUCCAGGCGGUUUAGAUGAACAUUUAAAAAAUCCAGGCACUACUGAUUUAUUUGGACAAGCAGAUGCUGUUGUUAAAAUUGUUUUAGAAGGUCAUGAUCGUGGUGUAAAUUGGGCCUGCUUUCACCCUACUUUGCCAUUGAUAGUUUCUGGGGCAGAUGAUAGACAGAUUAAAUUGUGGAGAAUGAAUGAUUCAAAGGCCUGGGAAGUAGAUACUUGUCGUGGACAUUAUAACAAUGUAUCAUGUGUUCUUUUUCAUCCCAGGCAAGAACUGAUUUUGUCUAACAGCGAGGAUAAAAGUAUACGUGUUUGGGAUAUGACGAAACGUACUUGUCUACAUACAUUUCGUAGAGAACAUGAACGAUUUUGGGUUUUAACAUCACAUCCUUCAUUAAACCUAUUUGCUGCUGGCCAUGACACUGGAAUGAUAAUUUUUAAGUUGGAAAGAGAACGACCUGCUUACACAGUUCAUGGAAACUUUUUGUAUUAUGUAAAAGACAGAUUUCUGAGAAAGUUAGAUUUUACCACUUCAAAAGAUGUUCCUGUUAUUCAAAUUCGUGGUAGUGGAAGAACUGCACCAUAUUCCAUGUCUUUUAAUCCAGCAGAAAAUGCUGUAUUGCUCUGUGUUCGUACUACCAAUUUGGAUAAUAGCACUUAUGAUCUAUGUAUGAUACCUAGAGAUCAAGAACGUGAAAUAACUAGUCAAGUUCCAGAAGCAGAAAGUAAAAGGUCAUCAGGUAUAACAGCACUCUGGGUGGCAAGAAAUAGAUUUGCAGUUUUGGAUAGAUCUUAUCAGCUAAUAAUCAAGAAUUUGAAGAAUGAAGUUACGAAAAAGGUACAAGUUCCGCCUUGUGAUGAAAUUUACUAUGCUGGAACAGGAAUGCUCUUAUUGCGUGAUCCAGAACAUAUUACUUUAUUUGAUGUUCAACAAAAGAGAACUCUUGCACAAGUUAAACUGUCGAAAUGCCGCUAUGUAGUAUGGUCUGCUGAUAUGAGUCAUUUAGCACUUUUGGCAAAGCAUUCUGUAACUAUUUGUAAUAAGAAACUGGAUCAGUUAUGUUCAGUUCAUGAAAGUACCCGUGUUAAGUCUGGAGCUUGGGAUGAUUCUGGAGUAUUUAUUUAUACAACAAGUAAUCACAUUAAAUAUACAGUUACGAACGGUGACCAUGGCAUUAUUCGUACUUUAGAUUUACCAAUAUACAUAACUCGAGUAAAGGGUAAUCAAGUAUUUUGCUUAGACAGAGAAUGCAGAACUAGUGUUCUGACAAUCGAUCCAACAGAAUUUAAGUUUAAACUUGCUCUGAUUCAUCACAAAUAUGAAGAAGUUCUGUACAUGGUAAGAAAUGCUAGGCUUGUGGGUCAAGCUAUUAUAUCAUACUUGGAGCAAAAAGGAUAUCCCGAAGUGGCUUUACACUUCGUAAAGGACGACAAAACUCGUUUUACUCUUGCUCUGGAAUGUGGUAACAUUGAAACUGCUCUUGAAGCUGCUAAAGCUUUGAACGAUAAAACAUGCUGGGAUCGUUUAGCUCAAGCAGCUCUUAUGCAAGGAAAUCAUCAGAUAGUUGAAAUGUGUUAUCAGAGAACAAAAAGUUUUGAAAAAUUAUCUUUCUUAUAUUUAAUUACUGGUAAUCUUGAUAAACUACGAAAAAUGAUGAAAAUUGCAGAAAUACGCAAAGAGAAAUCGGCUCAGUAUCAUGGUGCUCUUUUAUUGGGAGAUUUGGAAGAACGAAUUAGAAUUCUCAAAAAUUCUAAUCUGAAUUCUCUUGCAUAUUUGACUGCUGUAACUCAUGGUCUUCACAAUGAAGCAGAAGAAAUUCAGAAAACUCUUGUUGAUGAGUUGGGCGAUACUAAAUUAGCCGAAAUUAAUCCUAAUGCCAAAUUUUUAAAGGCUCCUCCACCUAUUCAACAAGCUGAAUCUAACUGGCCAUUACUUACUGUUAGCAGGGGCUUUUUUGAAACCGCUGCCCUUACCAAAACGUCAUCGGUUGGACCUACUUUAGCUAUAGAUCCUGAUUUGGAUACAUAUGCAGAUGUAGAAGGUGGCUGGGUAGAUGAAGAUGAAGAGUCGUUGGAUGCUGAGGCACAGAAAGAGCAAAAGAAAAAGAAAGAAACUGCAGAUGAUGAAGGUGGAUGGGACGUUGAAGAUGCUGAUUUAGAAAUACCAGAUUUAGGUCCCACACAAGAUGAGACAACGAAUAGCGCUAGUUUUGUUCAUUUGCCCCCUCCCGGACCUUCAGCUGCUUCUCUUUGGACAAAAAAUUCUCAAUUGCCUGUUGAUCAUAUUGCCGUCGGCUCUUUUGAGUCAGCUUGUCGCCUUCUUCACACUCAAGCUGCAGUUGUUAACUUCAAACCUUAUCAGCAGCUGUUCAUGGCAGUUUACAGUAGUUCACGCCUAAUUUCUACAUGGCAACAAAACGUUCCGUCUUUAUUUACCUAUCCUCAACGAAAUUGGAAAGAUGCACCACUGAAAAAUGGUCUACCUCUACAAGGGUUUAAAUUAGUUGAUUUGGUUCAACAACUUCAAGUUUGUUAUCAACUGACAACUAGCGGUAAAUUUACAGAAGCAAUUGAUAAAUUUCAAUUUCUUCUUCUUCAAGUAACACUUGUAAUUGUUGAUUCUAAACAAGAACUUACCGAAGCUCAUCAGCUUAUAAAAAUAUGCCGAGAGUAUAUUGUUGGAUUGAAAAUGGAAACGCUUCGAAGAAGUUUGCCAAAAGUGACUCCUGAAGAGCAAAAACGACAAUGCGAAAUGGCUGCUUAUUUUACUCAUUGUAAUCUUCAACCUAUACAUCAAAUUCUUACAUUAAGAACUGCCCUGAAUAUGUUCUUCAAAUUAAAAAAUUUCAAAACCGCAACUUCCUUUGCGAAACGUCUUUUAGAACUUGGUCCAAAGCCUGAAGUAGCACAACAAGCUAGGAAAAUUCUUCAAGCCUGUGAUACAAAUCCUGCAGACGAUCUACAAUUACUUUAUGAUGAGCAUAAUCCAUUUAAUUUAUGUGCAGUUACUUUCAAGGUAAUUUAUAGAGGAAGACCAGAAGAAACGUGUCCUUUAUGCGGUGCUAGUUAUUCUCCACAAUUUAAAGGUAUUACAUGCAAAAUUUGUCAAGUUUCUGAAGUGGGUAAAGAAACCGUUGGUUUGAAAUUUAUUAAUCAUUGAAAAUAAAAUUAAACGUUUCAUUUUAUUUGCUAAAUACGCUGUAUUAUAUAUAAAUUAGUUAAUGUUUUCUAAUGAAAUAUCAUAACUGAAUAAA